AUGUUGGGUUGUGAUCAAUUCUGUGCUGCGUCUGAUGCCAGUCCUAAGCCAUUCCCCUGGUGGAAGCCCCACCACGUGGAGCCGCCUCCCCCUUGCCCUCGCUGUGCUUCUUCCAAUACCAAAUUCUGUUACUACAACAACUACAGCUUGUCCCAGCCCAGGUACCUGUGUAAAUCUUGCCGUCGCUACUGGACCAAAGGCGGCUUCCUCCGCAACGUCCCCGUCCGCGGUGGUACCCGCAAGUCCCGCCGUACUAAGACCCCCAAGCUCCCGCAAAACCAGCGUCUUUCCGCCAACCAUAAUCCUCAUAACUCCGGCAAAGACUCGGACGCUGACACAUCCCGAUCCAACGGGUCCGAUAUUGACAUGGCCCUGGUCUUCGCUAAUUACUUGACCUCAGGUAAUGGUUCCAGUACGGAGAACGAUGCGACUCAGGCAUCCGAUCCGGUCACGGACGUGGUGGUAGAGGGAGAGGGGCCUCUUCCUCCAGACGAGUCGGUGAUGAGGGGAAUUGAGCUGGAGUGGGAGAGCUUGUUAGGUGGUGGUGACGGAGAAGUGGUCCAAGAUGCUUUCUGCUUGUCUGAUGCGACCACGUCGUCCUCCUCGUCAGUCACAUGGCAACCAUCGCUGAUGCAGUUCCAAGACGAGUUGGAGAAUCCCAUCCCCAACUUCAAUUAUGAUGAGGUUGCUCAGUUGCCUAUCGCCGAUUCCUGGAAUUGGAAUUCCUUCGAUUUUCCUGCUUUGCAGGUCUUCUCAUCAAGGCCUCUUGAUUCAUAA